AUGAUUUUCAACGCCCAUCUACUUGUCCAACUCGCAUCAUUCACUAUUGUCUCCUUUCGCCUAAAGUCUCGAAUUCACCCAAAGACACCAUCAGAUAAUCCAGUUCCGUUAGGCAACAUGGACAUUCGUCUAUUCCCCACCUUGGCAGUUCAUCUCAGUUGUCCGUUAGCCUUCAACAGACGGCUUUUCCUCCGAACAGCUAGUUCAACCAACCUCUACGUCAGCUGGAAAAUGGCGCACUCUACUCACUACCUCGUCUCUGGGUCGCCUCUUCUCUGCCUCUCCACUCCCACACUCGUUGCACGAACUCUUGCUGUCGCUGGCCGCGCACACCGACACCAAAGGGCACAGACAUCGCAGCACCUUCCCUGCCAGUCUAGUGCUCAUCUCGUCCCGACAGGAGAGCCGCAUUGGCAGUCGAGUGGAUGCCGAGGCCAGGACAAGAGACGACGCAAUGUCCCCUCCUCGUCUGGCCGGGUGGUGCCAUUUGCAGACGAUUGGUGCUGGAAAUUGAGGCCUGAUACGUGUUGCGUUGUGGAGGCUGUACUCUCUGCUGUCGGUGUGCGGCCGUGUGUAUGUACUUGUGUGUCUGUGCGUCGACGAUGCUGUGUGCACGGGUGUACUAGACACUUUCAGACUGGGGUUUUUUUUCCUAAAAUGCCAGACAUGACGGAUGCACGGUUGAAGCCAAGUUGCCCAAACUCACUGAGGACUGCCCAUUGUGAGAGCUCCCUCUGGUUGGGCUGUCUCUUUCGCGUCGUCUGCAACCGGAUGUAUACCUACCGAUUGACCUGUCCAGCUAUCACAUGUCUACCUGGCCAGCGUGGCUACCGAUACCUGCUGGUGGUGGUGGUGGUGGUGGUGGUGGUGGUGUGGCUCCUCAAUCAGCUUCUUCUUGUUGUGUUUAUGUGUGCGUCUCUCAGGCUUGCGAAUCUGCAGACCUGA